AUAUUUCUUUUAAUCUGUGACAAAGCAGCCGUGUGGCCGCUGCUCGUCCCCGGUCUCGGUUAUAUAUAUUUUUAUAGCGAAAUAAUUAGAAAUGAAUUCUUCUGAAGAUUACCAAGAAACCCUAGGAAUUGUGUACCAAUUUCUGACAAACGUAGACAAAGCACUUGCACAAAAAUUUCAAAAUAAGACUAAAGCGAAAUCUAUUUCAAGUUCACCAUCGCUUCUAGACAUCAUUGCAGAGUAUAAAAAAUUGAAAAAAAGUACCACGCCGGCUAAACAGACCCCUAAAGCAGCAGAGAGUUCUGAUGAUUCAAGUGAUGAAGAUGAGGCACCGAAUAAAAGCACCCCACAAGUCAAUGGAAAACUACCAUCAAAGGCCACCCCUGCUAAUGCUAAAAAAGGCAUACCUAAAAAGGAAGAAUCCUCUGAUGACUCAGAUAGCAGUGAAGAUAAUGCUACUGCACAGCCCAAGAAGCAACCUGUUAAACCACAAAUAAAUAAUACACCAAAACCAACAAAAAAACAAGAAUCAUCUGACAGUUCAGAUUCUGAAGAUGAAAAACCAAAACCGCCACAACAAAAUAUUCAAACAAAGGCACCAGUAAAACAGACAAAAGAUUCAUCAUCUGAUGAUUCCAGUGAUGAUGAAAAGGCCAAAGCUGUGCAGAAACAAACACCAAAACUCGCUCAAACUAAACCAGUUUCAACCCCUGCUAAGCCCAAAGCAGCAAAGUCAUCUUCAGAUAGCGAUGAUAGUAGUGAAGAUGAGAAACCUAAGGCAGCUCAAAAACAAGCUCCAAAAGUCCCUCCUACUAAACCCAACAAAGCAAAUGCUGUUGCUAAAUCUUCCUCAGAUGAUAGUGACAGCAGUGAUGAUGAUAAGGCUAAACCAGUACAAAAACAAGCCCCUAAGCUUGCACCUGCUAAACCUGCUUCAACACCAGCUAAGUCUAAUGCAAAAAAGUCAUCAUCAGAAGAUAGUGAUGAUAGUAGUGAAGAUGAAAAGCCUAAAGUACCUCCAAAACAAACACCAAAAGCUACACCUGCUAAGCCAGCACCUAAACCACAGGCAAAAGCUGUAGCUGUUGGUAAACAAUCAUCCUCAGAUGACAGUGAUAGCAGUGAAGAUGAAAAACCAACUCAGAAAAAGGCAAAAUCAACACUUGCUACCACACCUGCAAAACCAGCAGCAAAGAAGUCUUCUUCAGAAGACAGUGAUGAUAGCAGUGAUGACGAUAAGCCAAAAACAGCUCAAAAACAGGCACCUAAAUCGACUCCUGCUAAACCUACGCCAACAACUGCAAAAUCUAAAGCCAAGGAAUCUUCAUCCGAUGAUAGUGAUGAUAGUGAUGAUGAUAACAAAAAAGCACAAAAGAAAAAUGUAAAAGCAGGUGCAACAGCAGCUCUUAAUAAACCAAAACAAACCUCAUCAGAUGACAGUAGUGACGAUGAUGAUAAAAAGGCUUCGCAAAAACAGCCAGCUAAAGCAACUGCUACACCAGCAAAGAAAAAUGCAACUCCCGCAAAACCAAAACCUAAAGAAUCGUCUUCAGAUUCAGACAGCAGUGAAGAUGAAAAGCCUAAGCCAGCUCAAAAGCAAGCUGUGAAAUCAACACCAGCAAAGCCGAAACCAAAAGAAUCAUCUGAUGAUAGUGACAACAGUGACAAUGAAAAGGCUAAACCUGCAGCUCAAUCCAAACCAGCUGCAACACCAGCUAAGGGAAAAUCUACAAAAUCAUCAUCUGAUGACAGUGAUGACAGUAGUGAUGAUGAUAAGCCUAAGGCUGCUAAAAUACCUAAACUCACAGCUACCCCUGCAAAAUCUAUAAAUACACCAGCUAAGAAACAGGAUGCCUCUGAAUCAUCUUCAGAUGAAAGUGAUGAUGAUAAUCCUUCCACAAAAGCAAACAAUGAAUCACAGGUGGCUGAAAAUGGUUUUAAAAAAGGCAAGAAACGAAAAGCUUCAGAUGGAGAUAAUGAUACACCAGCAAAAAAACCCUACAGUAACUUUGUUAAGGGUACAGAUGUAGUGUCUACGCCCAAAGAAAAUGAAAAAAAUAAUAAACCAGUGCCAUUUAGGCGAGUUGUAUCAGAAAAAGUAGAAGUGGAUCCUAGACUUAAAGACAAUUCAUUUGAAGCCAAGAGCGGAGCACGUGGAUCGUGGGGUGAGCGUGCAAAUAUAGAUUUGAAACACACACGAGGAAAGUCUUUUAAACAUGAAAAGACUAAGAAGAAAAGAGGGUCAUACCGUGGUGGUGUCAUUGAUAUGGGUGUACAUUCUAUCAAAUUUGAAGAUUAGCCAUAACUGUUUUUCAUACUGCUUUGCACUACAUAUAUAAAAAAAAAUCAAUAGUGUAUUAUGUGCAUUUAAUUUCACCAUAUAUUUCUAUAAUAAUCAUAUGAUAAUUUUUAGUAGGUAUGAUUUACCUAUUUAGAUGUAUUUUGACUUUCUUUUAUCCAAAAGAAAACUGAUUUGAUUGUUUUUAAAGCUUCAAAGCAAAACAAAUAUUUUGUAAAUAUUUUUUCUAGUGUUAAGCUUUAACCAGAAUACAAAUGUAUGGUUAUUUUGUACAUAAUAAGUGAUUAUAAUAUAAUAGUAUCCUACAUUUGUGUUAUAAUAUUAGUUGAUAUGAUGGAAUACUAGACUAAGUACUGUGGCAAGAACCGCCUUUUGUAAGAUUGAUGUUUCACAUGUUUUAUUUUAAUAAAGAAGUAUGAAUGCCA